UUGUACAAUAAUAUAAUAAAAUUAUUAGUAAAAAAAUUAACAAUUUCAUAGCAUAAUUUUCAGCUUUUUUUAUAUAGUCGAAUUGUUUUUUUAUUUAUUAAAAUAUGGUUCGUAACAAUCCUUGCGCCCCUUUGAGGGAUUGCCAAAGCCGUGAGUUACGGGGUGGUGUACUUUACACAGACUGCUAUUGUCUACGUCGAAAUGGAUUGCAGUAUGAUUGUCGAAGAAGUGGUUGUCAAACUUCGCCGCUAUGCCAAGUAUUGCCAACUCCAUUGUGUGGUCCAGCAACCAUGGCAUGCAUCAAACACUGCGGUAAUCCACAUGCUGAAGCGUUGUAUAGCAUUUGUAAAAUGAAAAAGAAAUAUUAACUAUUUUAUAAAGAUUUCAAUGACUGGCGACAAAUAAAAUAAAACUGAAAUUGGAAGCCAUUGAAAAACUACUGGCACGUUAUUUUGACAAAUAAUAUUCGUAGAAUAAUUAUUAAGUUUUGUACCGAUUUAAAAUGAGAACAGAGGAGCAGAAUACAAAUCGUUAUCGUCAUGAGUAGACAUAAAUAACAUACGAAAAAUUAUCAAGUAUUAAUAAAUAAAUUUUAAAAAUUUCUAGUGUGAUAUUCGGAUAAUAUUUUGGUAAUUUAAUUUAAAAUCAUUAAAAAUCAGUAAAAAUAUAUAAAUUACAUCGUUUCGACAUCACCGCGGUAUAGAAGGAUUAUAAAAUGUGUUCGCCAUGUGGUCCCAUGGUUUGUUACAAGUAUGAAGACUGCGGACCGCCGGUAAGUAGAGCAGCCGAAAAGGGGGCUCCCACCGCGGAAGAAAACGAUGCAGAAAAAACAGGAUCAAAGGAAAAUCAGCUGAAGAGAACAAAAAGCCGUGAACUCCGUGGCGGAAUUAUGUAUUAUAGCUGUCAUUGCAUAAAAAGAAAUGGUCUUCAACAUGAUUGUCGGCGUACUGGUUGUGGUGGAGAGGCGGCAUGUUUAGUUUUACCUGACCCUUUAUGUGCUCCAAGUCAACUAGCGCGAGCGCGUGGACUUGCAGAUCCGGCUCCGCUAGCAGCUCAUCUUCGGGCUCAAGCGGGCACUUCGGGAGAUUUAGCAGAAUCGAAUUUCGGAUCUAGUGGUGGUAAAAGGUUCAUAGUUUGUGAACUAAAAGGCGUGGUACCUGACGGUUCAUCGACUAAAAAGGAACAAUGUUGUUGUAAGUUACCUACACCCCUUCCUAAUCGAGUAAAUAAAGAUUUCACUAGAGAUUUAAACAGUAAGAAUACACCUGAAAGUCUUUUCGUUCUGGACGAACAAACAAUGAAUGCAAUUAUCAACAAUAUACAAAAUAAAAAAAUAUUAACUACAGAUACUAAAAAACCUAAUGAUCGAUCACAACGAAUAGAUACGGUUAAAGAAGUGUGUACUAGACCUGGCUGUGUACACUGGAAACCGCCGUCGCCUUGUUUAUGGGAUUUACCUUGUAAAGCAGACUGUUUUGAGGCACCACCUGGUAUUCAACCUGGGCGUAAUCUAUUAAGUGGUAGCGGCGGUUCCAGAAUACCAAGCUUGCUACAUCGAGAACCCGGUCAACACAUGAUAAUACUUAAUCCUAUAGAAUGAAUUU